CAGACAGUAAGACAACAGGAACCGACACGGCCCCAAGAAGAAGGUCGGCCAUGACAGAAACUGUUGCCCUAAACUGGCCACCAGAUGCAGAACGCUGAGAGAAGGUCGGCAUUACGGACGUGGACUGAACGCUCAAUUAGUCUCGGACCCAAUGUUCAGUACAUCCCACACAGUCCCACCGCCUUCCUCCCUUCCUCCCUUGGGCAGAGUUAGGUCCAGCACCGGCUCCACCACCGAGAGUGCAGCGGAGGCUUGACGCCAGCACCUUCCGGUGCGUCGGAGUGAAGCCAGCUCAAGGUGCGCGCAUGAAGCAAGUGCAAAUGCCCAAAUGCGAUCGAUCAAGGGGAAAGGCAAAGUCUGCAGGAGCAGGAAUCGACGAAUUAAGUCGAGCAAUCAAAAGAUGGAGAUCGACAGAGUUCAGCUCCGCUCCUGAAGCUGUGAAAGGAAGGAAGCUGAAAGGAAGGAAGGAAGGAAGGAGGGAGGGAGGGAGGGGUUAGUCAACUGCGAGAGGCGAUCGCUGUUCGGGGUUUGAAUCCGGCCCGGGGGACGAGACGUUGUUUGUUUGGGGUAUUAUACACGGUACAUGUUGCGCGAGGGGAAAGCACCACCGGACAGUGGCUUCGGCUCCACUCCAGCUUCGGCCCCCAGCCUCGGAUUUGGAUAGAAGCCCGUCGAGCAGGCGCGGGGGAGUGUGGCAAUUGUGCCCGGGGUUUAAUACGUGGCUUUGGAUCGGCGGGGGCACGUGUCGUGGCCCGCUCUCCGGGCUUAAGAAGAAGAAGAAGAAGCCCCAGCGCUGUCUCGCGCUCCUCCUCCUCCUCCUCCUCCGCCCCUCCUCUAGCCCCAAGCCCAAGCCCAAGCCCAGCCCCCGCCUCCCUUCGUGCCUACUUCUCGUCCGGCAGCUCGGUCGGUGAAUUGGCAUCGCCAGGCUUCGCUUUUCAGUCGGCGAGCCGAGGGAGGGAGGGAGGGAGGGAGGGAGAUGGUGGGACGGAGGGCUCGGGACUAGCCCGACUCGUUGGCUGUUUUGACUGUCGUGCGCAGCAAUUCUGCUCUCGGCCUUCUUCUCCGUUGCCUUCUUCCGCUGCGGCUUCUUCUCGUUUUCCUCGCCGUCGUCGUCGUCGUCUUCUUCUUCUUCUUCCUCUGCUGCUGCUUCCGCUGCUCGUGGUCCGAGAGUGUUGUAAAUCUUUCGUUCGGUCGUCUCUCCUCGGCCCGGGGCGUAGCGCUGUGUUGCGAGGUGGGUGUCGAGGCUUGGAUUAGAUUAGAUUGGAUUGUAUUGGCGAGGGAGGGAGGGAGAGAGAGGGAGCGUGGGCUAGGAUGUUCCGGAAGGGCAAUGCUGUUAGUCGGGUGAGUUUGGAAUUCGUUUCGGCCGGAAGGGAGCAUGGAGGUGAAGGUUGUUGCUGCUGCUGCUGCUGAUCAGUAGGCAGUGCAUGUGCGCGAGAGCGAGUGGUGGCGCUGGUUGUUCUGUGGAUUUGAGGAUCAAUCGAGAAGAUUGUCAGCGGGCGAGUGAGUGAUUGAGUGAGAGAGUGAGUUGAGUGCCGUCGUGCUCGGCGAUCCCAUGGUGAAGGCGUUUCCAUGAGGUCCCCAUGGGCCUCCUAUUUUUCAUUCCUCUGUUGACUUUCAUCGGAUUGAAAGUGAGCCACUACAUCUUUCUUGUGACAGUUCAAAGUUUCGUUGCUUUCUUCACCACGUUCUGGUGGGUAGAUCGUUCGAUCUCUUCUUCCUCUAGCAGCAGCAGCAGCAGCAGCAGUAGUAGCACGGCGGCCAAGAUGGCAACUUCGAGCGGCAGUUCCGGGAGUAGUGGUGGCGGACCUCCGUCGCCGUCUGCCUCCCGCUCGCUGGUGCAGUACCUAAACCAGAUUCUGUCCAUGAGAGGGCCCAAUCAGCUUCCUUACGAUGAAGAGGUGAAGUGGGCAAUCAGGCAAAAUCUGCUGGCUGUGAUUAAGGACUACGCUGGUCUGCAGGUGAAAACCGGCAGCUUCACUCACAAUGAUGGGCGCACGACCAAUCUUCUGCAGGUGUAUGGCACCAUACCCAUGUUCUUCAAGGAGGUGAAGUACAACAUUCCCGUCACAAUGUGGCUGCUGGAGGCGUUCCCCCGAGUCGCGCCCAUGGUGUUCGUGACUCCCACGCAGGACAUGGUUAUCAAACAUCAGCAUCGGUUUGUCGAUGCUUCCGGGACCGUGACCAUUCCCUAUUUGUCGCAGUGGAUCUACCCUCGUUCCAACUUGUUCGAGCUCGUGCAGAAUUUGUCGGAAGUUUUUGGACUGGAUCCUCCGCUUUACUCUCGCCCGCCUGUUGCUGCCACUGCGCAUCACAGAGUGCCCAAUUCGUCAUCGUCUUCGCAAUCACCCCGCACCUCAUCGAUUCAUCAUGGCACGAAUCCGAUGAACGCAUCUUCCAAUCUCGGACCGGGAUCACCACGGCCGCAAUCGCCAGCUGCAGCUUCGUUUCACGGGCCCCAUCGCCUUCAGUCGAUGAACCCUCCUUACACCGUCAGUCCGGGGUCGUCCCCAAGACCGCCCUCGCAGUUGAAGUCAGAGAAUCCCGUGGAAGUGUUCAGACACAACGCCGUCAAUGCUCUGUCUGAGCGUCUUCAUCGUGAUAUGAACACGAUGGUGAGGCGGGCAAAUACCGACAUGGAUGAAUUGUUCAACACGCAGGUGAUCCUCAACGAGAGGAUCGAGAUUGUGGAUCAGGGAUUUCACGAAAUGCAACGCGAGAAGGAAUUACUGGAAGAAGAAUUGCAGCUGUAUAUGACCAAUACUAUGGAGAUGGAAUCAUGGUUGAGGCACAACGAGGGUGACAGGUCCGAGCUCGACAUCGAUCGGGUGUUUGAGCCUUGCGAUGCUCUUUCGAACCAACUGCUGGAGAACACAGCAGCCGAUUUAGCCAUCGAAGAUAUUCUUUACUCGUUGGACAGGGCAGUACAGGAAGGUGUUAUACCCUGGGACAACUAUUACAAGACUGUAAGAAGUCUUUCCAGAGAGCAGUUUUACCUCAGGGCCACUUGUGCCAAAGUUAAGGCAGCACAAAGACACAACCAGGUAGAGGGCAUGGCAUUCAGAGCGUCCAUGAUGUCCGUUUCAUGACAUUGAAUCCCGAAUUCCUAUUUAGCGUAUUUUUUUGAGUUGAAUCUACUGAAAUUUGAGCUUGCAAAUCGAUAAAGUCGGGUGUACAUAGCAGUCAAAACCCAAUUCAUGUUAAUGUACUCAUAUUCAGAUUAGGUAGUGACGAACGUAGGGAGAUGAUAUGAUUCUUAGGCAGGAAGCUUUGGCUGUUGGAGGAGCUGGUCCUCCUUGAUGUGGACUUAGUGAUCGAUAGAGCAACCAAAGUGAGUAAAAGACUGGGUUGGUCCCCUAUUUCUUAAGAAGCCCUGCGAGCCCGGUGGAUGUGCACAUUCGUGCUGCGUUGUGUUGUUUUACACUCUUGACAUGUGACUGCAUGAAUCCGAUGUUAGAAAGCAGGUGUUGAGACUGGUUAGGGAUGAAAAUAAAGAGAGAAAGUUGGAGAUGUCUGGAGAGUAGACAUUCAGAUUCUUAGCGACAACUAUCUGUUCCCCCUCGGAUUAUUUCCACGUAUGUAUUCGAGCUUGGAAUCAUAUUUCAGUGACUUCACGCACAGGAGGAACGACAUCCUGCUUCGGUUUUGUCGGCUGCUGCUCCUGACCGACUUGCGGUUUUACUGUCAUCUCUUCUCUAUCGGUGUGGAGCAGGAUUUCGCCCAUGAAUUGGGUCAGCAACUCGAACGGAGAACUAGAUUAGUGAUGAAUGCACCACGGGACCUCGGGUAGUUAUGAGCUCACAGGGUUUUCUCAGGUUUCUCGGGUUUACGUUUGGCCCUAGGUCUCGAGUUUCAGUUUCUGGUGUAAAUCAGGCAUCAAACCAGCUUAGAGAUUAUUAGAAUCUGUACUCGUUGAUCUAAAGUUCUUCCCAUGAUCUGUUAGAGAACGUAUACAGCGUGCUAGUCACGUGAUUCUG